AUGGACGAUUAAAUUUGAAUAUUAAUCCAACCGAUAACAAAAAAGAAAAAAAAAAGAAAAAAAAAAGGGGCAACCCUUAUUCUAUUAGUCAAAUCGCCUUCCCUAGUCCUCACUUGAAGCUGCACAGUAACCACCCGUCUCUCUCUCUCGCUCUAUAAACUGCCUUUUCAUCCAGAGAGUGAGGAUCCGUCGGUGUCACUACAUCCGAUCGUCGCCGGUGACGUGUUUCAGCCUAGUUUAAUCUUGGAAGUGAUGGAUCAGUACGAGAAAGUUGAGAAGAUCGGCGAAGGAACUUACGGUGUUGUGUACAAGGCACGAGACAAGGUCACCAAUGAGACUAUUGCUUUGAAGAAGAUCCGCCUCGAGCAGGAGGAUGAAGGUGUUCCUAGCACUGCCAUUAGAGAAAUCUCUCUUUUGAAGGAAAUGCAGCACAGCAACAUUGUCAAGCUGCAGGAUGUAGUGCACAGCGAGAAGCGUUUGUAUCUUGUUUUCGAGUAUCUUGACUUGGAUCUCAAAAAGCACAUGGACUCUUCUCCUGAUUUCUCCAAGGAUCUUCAUAUGAUCAAAAGGUAUGUUUACCAGAUUCUCCGUGGAAUCGCGUAUUGCCACUCUCACAGGGUUCUCCAUCGUGACCUCAAGCCGCAGAAUUUGUUGAUUGAUCGCCGCACCAACUCACUAAAGCUUGCUGAUUUUGGACUGGCCAGAGCAUUCGGUAUCCCUGUCAGGACUUUUACUCAUGAGGUGGUUACUCUCUGGUACCGAGCACCAGAGAUACUUCUAGGGUCUCAUCACUACUCUACACCGGUUGAUAUUUGGUCUGUGGGAUGCAUAUUUGCCGAGAUGAUCAGCCAAAAGCCCUUGUUUCCUGGAGACUCCGAGAUUGAUCAACUCUUCAAGAUAUUCAGAAUCAUGGGAACUCCAACGGAGGAUACAUGGCCUGGGGUAACUUCGCUGCCGGAUUAUAAAUCUGCUUUCCCAAAAUGGAAACCAACGGACUUGGAAUCUUUUGUCCCAAACCUGGAUCCUAAUGGCAUAGAUCUCCUUUCUAAAAUGCUGUUGAUGGAUCCAACCAAAAGAAUCAACGCAAGAGCCGCCCUGGAGCAUGAUUACUUCAAGGAUAUUGGCGUCAUGCCGUAGAGAAUGCUUCAAAACCAGUAGUCUCCUACAUUCUCUCUAUAUAUAUAAGUAAUUCGAUAUCUUCCAUCCUAAGAAAACGAGGUUAAAUACAUCAAUGGUUUUUGUUUAUUCUUUUGAUUUCUUUUAAGUUUGUUAUUCUCUGAUACGAAAAAUGGAAAAGAUUUAGAGUGUGCUUUGUUUAUUUCUUCUAAGCUUUUGAGAUCAUUUUCUUGUGUAUCUUUUUACCAAGUUCAGUAAUGUAUGGUAUUUAUUUUGCAGAACAUCGUAUUUAUGC